UAUUUAUUAUUAGUAGAGAUAUAAAUAAUGGCUGAACCACACAAUCCUCUGUUAGAAGUACAAGAAAAUCUUCGAAUAAUAUUAUCACAAGUAGUCAGUGGUGUUCAUCAAACAGUAAAUGAAUAUCUUAGACAAUUAAGAACUUACUAUUUUGAGUAUUUAAAAGUUCACAAUAAUCUAAGUGGGAAUUCUCCAGAUCUCAAUCUUAAUUUGUCAGAUCAAACGUUCAAUCGAAUUGAUUAUGAGUAUAGAAAUCUUGAAAAAACUUUGAAGAAAAUUGCUAAACAUAUUUCUGGUGAGUUUGAAUACGCUGCAGAGACUGGUAAAGAUGUUAUAUUUUAUUACCAAAAAUGUGUCAGUAUUAUGCAUGAUAUUGAUAAUGCACAACAACUGUCUGAGUCAUUAGAAAAGAAUAAAAAGUUAAGUAAGUUGUAUAAAAAAUAUCGAAAAACUGUUGACAAAUACAAUAAAUCUGCUAACGAAUUCAAUACAUGUGUAUUAGAAUUUCAAACUAUAGUUAGUAAUUUAGAAAGAGGUCUUAUUGUUAUUUCUUCAAAGACGAGUGAUAAAUCGUAUUCAAUAUCAUAUGAGCAACUACAAGAUUGGUGGAAUCGUCUUGGUGACAAUGAUGAGAUAUCAAAACUAAGAAAUCAAUUAAAACAGAAACUAGCUGCUAAUCGUCCACCAAUAGUACCAUUAGAUACAACAUCAUUAAACUUAACUCCAAUUGCUAUCAUGUCAAUACCUCAAGCAAGAAUGAGUGCAAGUACUCAACCAUAACAAAUUGAAUUAAUGAGUAUUUUAUUAGUUAAGAAAUAUUUGACUUCAUUUAGAGAAAUAAUUGUAACAGGAAUUUUCUUUUUA